AUGGGUGCUUGCUAUGGAACUCAGUCAAAGACUUCUAAAGCUAAGAAGAUUUGCCCUCACAAAACCACCGAUCAAUAUGAAAGCAUAUACGAAAAGUUAAAAGCUGAAGGCCAACACAAAAGAAUUUGCGAAAAAAAAGCAUUGGAAGCUCCUCAGCUAAAUAUUAACGAAAAUUAUUUAUAUCAAAGGAGAGCAUCCCGAUGACAAAAUGAGAUGUAUCAGUCUUGUAGUAGGUUAGGCUAGGCUAUUAAAAAAGACAGACGUUAGCCAUAUUGGUGGCGUAGUCACCAAAGACCCCCUAUAGGGGGCUCAUCUACUUUUCAGCUCUAGUCCAGAGGUUCUAUCCUCUAUAAUGGGCGCCACUUCCUGCGCUCCUUGCCUUGCGGCUUUUUGAAUAGAUUAUGGAUUUCUGCGUUCCUGCUACGGGUGAUUGGAGAAGCUUGAUACCAAGAAUCAACUUCUUGGAGUUCUAUUGGAUGUUGAAGUGCCUUCCUUUGGUAGCUACAGGAAUAAAGCUAAUGCACAGUGGCUGGGCCAGAGAGCCCAAUUUUUCUGUAGAGAAAUACCCAUGGGUCCUUGGAUCUAAAAGAACUUUUUGUUGGGCACUCCUUUUCCAACCAAGAAAAGCAGCCAAAACCGACUCAGAUGUACACUUCUUGAGCCUGCACUUGAUUUUCGACUCGAAGUCCGUCCCUGUUGGCCAUGGCCUUAAGACCUAGACUGUUGCGCCAAGAGGGCAGGUUGGCAGUGUCGCCAUUUAAUGUAUAUAUCAAUCUUGUAGCAACCUUGAGCAGUCAACAUCGACUACUUCAUCUUGCUAA